AUAAAAUAUUGCACUCUAAGUACAUUUAGCAUGACUACUAACCUCGAUAUACGUCCUUUACCAGCAGCUUUGCAAUCCAAAGCUAUCGAGGAACUAAAUGAAAAUCCCUCUAAAAUAGCUGAUGAUUUGAAUGCUCUUAAAGAAUGGAUUUUAAAGCAACCCCAUUUAAAAACACGCAUGUCAAAUCAAUUCUUAAUAGCCUUUCUGAGAGGUUGCAAGUACAGUUUGGAAAAGGCUAAAAAGAAACUGGAUGGUUAUUAUACAAUGAGAACAAACUUUCCCGAAUUGUUUCAAUCCUUUAGCGAUGAACAAAGAGUCAGAGCGAUUAUACGUAUGGGAGUUGCCUUGCAAUUACCCUUACCCUUAAAAGAAGAUGGUCCCCGCUUAGUGCUGAUACGUACCGGCCAUUAUGAUCCCGAGGUGGUUAGUCUUUAUGAAUUAAUGAAAAUUAAUGUGUUGAAAAAUGAUUUACUAAUGCUCAAUGAUGACAAUUGUAUCGUAAGUGGUUUCAUACAACUGUUAGAUUUUGAGGAAUUUAAUAGCAAACACUUUUUUCACUUUCAACCCUUGAACAUGAAACGUAUUAGCCACUACAUAGAAGAGGCUUUGCCUAUGCGCAAUAAAGCUUCACAUUUCUUUAAUACAGGCGCUACUUUUGAGUCAGCAUUUGCCAUGUUAAAACCAAUACUGCCGGCUAAAGUUCAGGAGAGAAUGAUUGUACAUCCUGAUAUGGAUUCUUUGUAUGAACAUGUGCCCCAAAAAUAUUUACCCCUGGAAUAUGGCGGUGAAAAUGGCUGCAUAGAGGAACUGAUAGCGGCGGGGGAAGAUUUUAUUAUGAAAUAUCGUGAAUAUUUAUUAGAGGAAAAAGAAUAUGGCACCAAUGAGUCGUUGCGUCCGGGCAAACCUUUAGACUUUGAUGCCAUAUUCGGAGUAGAGGGUUCUUUUCGUAAAUUGAAUGUUGAUAUGUCAAAAAUCCGCCCUUUAUCAGCUAAACUGUCGCUAAAAGCUCAAGAAGAAUUGGGCGAGAAACCAGAACGCAUAGAUGAUGAUAUAAAGGCGUUGCGUGAAUGGAUACAAAAACAGCCCCAUUUAAAAGCACGCACAGAAGAUCAAUUAUUGGUGGCAUUUUUACGUGGCUGCAAAUAUAGUUUGGAAAAGGCUAAACAGAAGAUUGAUAGUUUUUAUGCCAUGCGAAAUGCGGUGCCCGAAUUAUAUAAAAAUCGUUUUGUAGAUGACAAAGCUAUUGCUAUAUUGAGACAAGGCUGUUUAUUGCGCCUGCCCAAACCUUUAAGUGAAGAUGGUCCCCGCAUACACAUUUCCCGCUAUGGUCUUUACGAUACGGAUAAGUUUAGUUUAACCGAAGUGGUUAAAGUUGGCACCAUGUUGGGUGAAAUACAAUUUCAUGAAGAUGACAAUGCCAUGGUUAUGGGUUUCAUAGAAGUUAUAGAUCUCAAAGGUGUGGCAGCCGGUCAUAUAUUUCAAUUUGAUGCAGUAUUAGUGAAAAAACUAGCUGUGCUGGGUGACAAAGCGUGGCCCUACAGACCAAAGGGAUUUCAUUUUGUAAAUGCUCCAACGGGUACCGAAAAAUUGCUCUCAAUAGCCAAAGGUCUGAUGAGUGAGAAAAUCAAACAGAGAUUCCACAUUCAUUCCAAAUAUGAAUCUUUAUAUGAAUAUAUACCACAAGAUUGUUUGCCCGCUGAAUAUGGUGGCAGUAAUGGCACUGUACAGGAUGUUAUCAAUACCUGGGAGAAGAAACUUUUGGAAUACAAAUCCUAUUUUGACGAAGAGGUUCAAUAUUGUACCAAUGAGAAACUUAGACCCGGACGACCAGUUAAUUCCGAAUCAUUGUUUGGUAUUGAAGGUUCUUUUAGAAAAUUGGACAUUGAUUAAAAUUGUACAACUAUUUUUGUAAUGUUUGAGUGAGAAGAAAAUGACAAAAUAUACCUAGAUUUUUUUGAAAUAAUAAA